CUGACGUCAUCGGACACGCCCUCUCCGCUGAGCAAAAACACUUGUGUCCAGACAUUAGAGGUGCGGAGAGCCAGGGGGAUUUAAAAAAAACAAAAGAAAAGAAUAAAGUCUUGUUCAUUAGCCGGACUCGAGCCGAUAGAGGUUUUUCGAAUAUGGUCUGUGGCGGAUUCACCUGUUCCAAAAAUGCGCUUUGUUCCCUGAAUGUGGUUUACAUGCUGGUCGGGCUGCUUCUGAUUGGAGUAGCAGCAUGGGGGAAGGGGUUCGGCUUGGUGUCGAGCAUCCACAUCAUCGGAGGGGUCAUCGCGGUGGGCGUCUUCCUGCUGCUCAUAGCCAUCGUAGGUCUCAUCGGAGCAAUGCACCACCACCAAGUCAUGCUUUUCUUUUACAUGGUCAUUCUUUUUAUCGUCUUCCUGUUCCAAUUUGGAGUCUCCUGUUCCUGCUUGGCAAUGAACAGCGAGCAGCAGGAGGCACUUCUGAACUCUGCUUGGGGUAUGUUGGACAACAAGACCAAGACAGACCUGGAGAGCCAGCUGAACUGCUGUGGGCUGCUCAACGUCACUGCCAGCCAAGCACAGUUUCGUGAAGACUUGCAAAACUGCCCGGCUUUAUGCAGACACAGCGGUGCCUGUUUCACCUGCGGGGUUAUGAUGCUGAAUCAUGCAACAGAGGCUCUGAAGAUCCUCGGGGGCGUCGGACUCUUCUUCAGCUUCACAGAGAUCCUGGGAGUGUGGCUUGCUGUGCGCUACAGGAACCAGAAGGAUCCACGAGCAAACCCAAGUGCGUUCCUAUAGUCUGUCCCACGUACGCAGUGCAGCGCCGUAGACGCAGUUUGAGACACACUGGUACACAUAGAAUCAUGCACAUCUAGAGGCAUAUAAUACAGAGCCACACCAACCGCAACAACACAGAAUGGACGAGCGCACGCAGCACCUGACAAACACUGAAAAACAAAACACACACCUUCACCUGAGUCUGAGAAGCAACAACAACCUGUCACCUGUCCAGAAAUUUUGCCAGAGCUCAAGCUGGAAGACCUGGAUACUUAUGUGUGAAAGGAUAACUUGUAAUACCAAGAAGUGUGACUUGUUGGUAUCGCGAACCAGCCUUGAUUUGAGUAACAGAUUUCCUGAUUGCGGCCUGCUAGUUUCCAACUAUGUAACAAGUGAUGAGACAUCUCUGCAUGUGUCCUACGCCUGCACAGACAAACAGCCUCUUUGUUGAUUUCAUUCCACACAUCAACCAAAUGACUGUGCAGUGUCCAACAAAUAACUUGUAUGCACCUUGACAUUGUCCUCUUGUCUCUAAUGUAGUGCCAUCACUUAACGACAAAUAUAUUCCUCUGGUCAGUGCUAUCGGUGAUGUGUAAAACUGUAUACCCAAACAUGUCCAGUGUGAUGAGUUUGCUCUCAAAGUCAGCUGAGGGGAAAAGAAGGCAAAUACUGGACAUGUGUUGUAAAGUAGUUUUUGAAUUGUAUGUAAAUGACGCGUCGAUGCCACAAUUGCCAGGAUUGAACAGGAUUAGGAAAUUAGAAUAGAUUUUAGGUAAUGUAGUUGCUAGUCGGUCGGCUUCAAAUAUUUAUGAACUGUAACUGAGCCAACUAACUUUUAAACAGUCGGAGAUAUUAGGAUGCCAAUGGACUGCAGCCUUGAUGUUGUACAUAAUCUUUUAGAAAUCAUUCUCGAUGGGUUUGCCAAGUAGUUGCCCCUCUAGUUGAGAGGUUUGCCUGCAUAUUUGAGGUCUUUGAAGGCCACAAUAAUCCACCCUUCCUGUAUUUAAUAUGUUCCUUUGUGUCGCACAGUGAUGUUGCUUAGUAUAGAUUCUGGUAGUAGAGAAGUGGAUUCAGGUACGUAUCCUUACCUCCUGUGUAACUGGAAAAAAAAAAAAAAUCAAUAAGUGCUACUUGAUUUGAAAUAAUUGGGUAAAUUUGGCCAAAACUACUUAUCGCAAACCAAUUUUGUUUUUAGAGUAUUAAUUGUGAAAACGUGCUCUUGGUUGCAAUUCUUUUUUCUUCUUUUUUUCUUUACAUUUUGAAAGAAUUAUUCUUUUGUGGAAUCAUUUUGUUCUCUGUUGCCAUCAGCUCUUUUCACCCAUCAGUGUUAAAUGCUUUGUAAAAACUUGUUAAAUAUUUUCAUGAUCUAUUUAAGUUAAGUUUGAUGAUGCACAUUAGGCUAAAGUUAUGUUGUAGAUUUGAUGAUAUAAGUUUGAUGCCUGGCUUGAUGUUAGACAUUUCCUGUUGAUAAAUCACUGCUCAUUAGUUCUUUCUUUUAAGAUGUAUUUUCUCUUUUUUGAAUUGCUUUUAACUUAAAGGACUAACACAAACUGUAAUUACGUGUCUUACUUGAACCUGUCAACUUGGCUGAUGUGGAUUUCCUGCUGCUGAUUUGGAGCCAUCGCUGGUGUAAACAAACAUUUUGACAGAUCUUAAGCAUUAUUAUGCCAUAUAUUACACCUCACUUUGAAUUUGUGUGCACUUGUUAUUCAAAUGUAUCUUGAAUUUUUGAGACUUAAUUUUCCAAAUAAUAAAACCUCAAAUUGGAAACAGUU